UUGAAUAUAUAAACUUGUUUCUCUCCCUGUUUUGUAAUAAUGUGAUUAAAAUGUUAACAUAAUAAUAAUUAGAGCUCAUGUAUAAAACCACUUUGAGACUCGUGUGUAAUGAUAGAGAUGAACAAUGGCUCCCGACUCGGCUUUCGUCGUUUCCAUCCAAGCCUCUGCUCUAGUGCCCGCAAAGCAACCAUUUUUAAACACCUCGCCGGCAAUUCAAGCCCUGCUGAGUUUUCCCUCGUUGCGGCCCUCAAAUCCCUCUCCACCUCCCUCGUCUCCGGCCAACAGCUCCACGCCCCUGUCCUCAAGUCCGGCCUCGAUAUCUCCAACCUUUUCGUCCGCAAUGGCCUCAUCAACCUUUAUUCCAAGUGCGGCCAUGUCGAUGACGCUCGCCGAGUUUUCGCAUCGAGUUCUCUCCGAGAUACCGCGUCUUGGAACAUCAUGCUCGCUAUGCACGUCAGAGCACGGCGGAUCGAGGAGGCUUGUGACCUGUUCGAUGAAAUGCCUGACCGAGAUUGCGUCUCAUUCACGACGAUGAUUAUGGGUCUCGCGCAAAGUGGCCGAUCUGGCCAAGCUCUGAGCUUGUUUCGUGAUAUGGUGGUUGAUGGCGUGGUGCCGAACGAGGUCACCCUGGCGAGCGUCAUAUCCGCUUGCGCCAACCUGCGUGCGUUUCUCGAGGGAAGGAUAGUUCAUGGAGUGGCGAAAAAAUGUGGUCUUGAUGCGUUUGUUCUCGUUGCAACGAAUUUAGUGCAUUUGUACGCGACGUGCACCGAGCUGGACGAAGCCAGAGCCAUUUUCGAAGGAAUGCUGUCAAGAAAUGCAGUCACUUGGAACGCUAUGCUAAAUGGUUACGCCAAGGCUGGGCGUGCUGUUGAUGCAAGAGAGCUGUUCGACGAAAUGCCUGAAAGAGACCUUGUUUCAUGGAGUACAAUGAUUGAUGGGUACUUGAGAGCGGAUCAAUUGAAGGAGGCUUUGUUUGCAUUCUGUGAAAUGAGGCAAGAUUUAUGUGUGAGCCCGAAUGAAGUUAUGUUGGUGAACUUAGUUUCAGGUUGCGGCCGGGUAGCUGCCCUCCGAGAAGGGCAACAGUUGCAUGCUGUGAUUGUCAAGACCGGACUGGAUUGUCAUGCAUUUUUACAAUCGACUGUGAUUCAUUUUUAUAUGGAUUGCCAGCAGAUUGAGCUUGCGUGCUUGCAGUUCAGUUUGGGGAACAAGGAGAACAUUUCUUCAUGGAACGCUUUGAUGGCAGGGUUUGUUCGCAAUGGAAUGAUAGAUUCUGCAAGACGAUUAUUUGAUGAGAUGACUGAAAGAGAUGUUGUAUCAUGGAGCACAUUGAUUACGGGUUAUGUGCAUCAUGGACAGUCCAGAUGUGCGUUGGAUCUCUUUGAUGACAUGCGAAUGGCAGGUGUCGAACCGAAUGAGAUCACACUGUUGGGUGUUCUCUCCGCCGUUGCCAGCUCCGGCACACUGGAACAAGGGGAAUGGAUUCACAACUAUAUACGUGUGAGCUCUAUUCCCCUCACAGACAAUUUGACUGCUGGACUCAUCGAUAUGUAUGCUAAGCACGGAAGCAUUGAGAAUGCUCUGCAAGUGUUCGAUCUUGUCAGACAUCAUACGAAGUCAGUGUCACCAUGGAAUGCAGUGAUUUGUGGUCUGGCAAUGCAUGGGCAUGAGAGCAUGUCUCUCCAAGUGUUUAAUGAUUUGCUGAAGACCGGGAUCAAACUAAAUUCAAUCACCUUCAUAGGGGUGUUAACGGCCUGCUGCCACGCAGGGCUGGUGAUGGAGGGGAGACGCCACUUUGAGUCGAUGAAGAGCAAGUAUGGCAUUGAACCAAACAUCAAACACUAUGGGUGCAUGGUGGACCUGCUUGGUAGAGCAGGGUGUUUGGAGGAAACUGAGCAGAUGAUCGAGUCCAUGCCCAUCGAAGCGGAUGUGGUGAUAUGGGGGAGUUUGCUGGCAGCUUGCAGGAUUCAUGGUGAUGUCAAGAUUGGAGAGAGAGCGGCAGAGAGGUUAGCGAGGUUGGAUGGAAAGCAUGGCGCUGGGAGAGUGCUACUGUCUAAUAUAUAUGCAAAUGCUGGCAGGUGGGACGACGUAUUUCUGGUGAGAAGGGCAAUGCAACAGAGCAGGUUCAACAGAGAACCUGGUUGUAGUGCAUUGCAUUCUUUCAUUGACCGUUGAGAUCAGUAAGAUCUUUAAGCACCUGGAGCUGAA